AUGCCAAUGAUGCUGAUGUUGUCGUCACUCGGCAAGGAACCCUUCUGUCAGGUACCUUCCGGCGAAGAAGUGCCCGAUGGCGCAAGGUUAAAAAGUACGCCCAAGUACUACUUGCAUGCGGAACCGGGUUUCCUUUGUCUUGGCAUUUUGCUGUGGCCAAGCUUGCGAGCGGAAGCCACGCUCAGCAGUCGGGCAUCGUUCCACAUCCGGGCCGGGUGCUCAUUAAAGGUGAUGUGGUGUGCAAAGGUGAGUUUGAAAUCAGUGCUACACCUUCCCCAGUCGGGAUCCGUGGCCAGUGGAUUUCCCGACUCACGGACCUGCCUGUUGCACCAGAAGCUGCAGAUGCUGAACGUUUGCAUGGAACGACGCACGCUUCGUGACGGUGGGCUUCCAUUUGCGAUGCAUCCUGCCAGAGGAUCAACCACUGCCAGCACCACGAUCGGUGAUCAAUCGGACGAGGAGCAGUUCUUCGAUUGUUCGGACGACGAACAGGAAGCUGGUUCAGCGAAGGCUGAACCCGUUGGUCGACUGUCCCGACUCGGUACGAUGCUGCUGGUGGCCUCCGACGAACCACUCUACAUCCCGAUCACGCAAGAACCCGUCCCAAAGACGGAGGAUCAGCUCGAGGAUGACGCCGAAGUGAUGCUGAAGCUCGGACCCGGCAGUGACCUUUGCACGCAGAUGAUGAGCGCGUCGUUGCUGUCCGAUAUGGAAAGUUUCCGGGCGGCAAACCCGGCUGGACAGCUGGAGGACUUCAUACGGUGGUACAGCCCGCGCGAUUGGAUCGAGGACGAACCGGUUGACGAGCAGGAUCCGUUCGGUCGACGGGGUCAUCUGAGUGCAAGGAUGCUUAUCCCUGGGAACACCUGGCAGACGGUGUGGGAGAGUGCUCGAGCCGUGCCGGCCAGGCGUCAAAAACGCUUGUUCGAUGACACGCGUGAAGCUGAGAAGGUGCUGCAUUUCCUGGAAUCCCGCACGAUCGGGCAGAUUGCGCAGCUCACGAUGGCGAGCCUGUUUCACGUGGCGGUCCUUACGGUGACGAGUGUUUCGUCCUCUGAGCGGGAUACCGUGCCACAGUACGAGGAGAUGCUCGAGCGAAUCAAGACCGUUUGCUGUCGGUUAUCUCGUGAAAAUUGGACCACGGGUGAAUCGCAACCCAAGGGAACUGCUGCUACAGCUCGGUUGGUUAACUCGCAGACGAAAUACGAUCAACAGCUGCUCAGUGAGCUGAUGCAGCUCGAAUGCGACGUCACGCAGGCUCGCAGUUUGCGGCGAAAGUUGUUCCCCACGGGCGAAAGCUCACCCGAGACACCAGCGGAGUGGCAGGCGAGCUUUAUACGGGAGUUGAUGAAAGCUCGCGAAACGCCGCUACCAGAGGGCGCUAGUGGUGCGGUGGCCGUGAGCUUGAUGGGACUGUUUGUGGAGGCGAAACGGGCAGCCAACGAGCAGGGUGGAGGUGUUGAGCCGCGGUCAACGGUUGGGAGCAGUGUGUCGCUGCCGGAUCCGAUCGAGAAGCAAUUUACGCUGAGGCUGAACGGACACACCGUGAGCAAGGGACCUGGAUCGCCACAGUUUAUGAGAGCAAUCCUUACGCCGCAGGAGUUUCGGCUGUGUGGCGCGUUUAGCCGAAACACCACAUUCUACUGA